UCAAAGUACAGACCGACUAAUUCUAAUCUGUGGAUAGACAUGAAAAUUGUCCACAGGUAGGCUACACUCUGACUGAUGUGUAACAUUGGAAACACGAAUAUCAAAGUUGCCCAGAACGCAUCACGAAAUCUAUUAUUUUACUGACACAAUGUAAAAUAAACAGUCCAAGAUGCAAACUCGGCUUGAUUGCUACUUAGCUGUUGCUUCAGAAUCUGUCACAUAAACUCGACCCAUCCUCCUCCAUCACAGAGACGCUCACUGUGCGCACACAGACCACCCAACCACUCCGCCUCUGUCUCUGGACUUGUGCGUAAAGAGGGUUUGGCACAAGACGCCGCGGCGCGUAAACAAAAGCACAUCGUCAGCGCCGCUGCUGCCCAGUCUGCCCAGAUGAAGUGAGCGGUCAUUCCCACUGGUCUGAACAGACAGCGGACUUCACUCGGAUUGGAUUCUUUUUUGUGAUUCGGAAGCCUCGCGUGGACGAGAGCAAAUUCGACCCUCUAAUAGCCAAUUUAGCCGAAACGUUUUCAUUUAAAGGUUGCAAACAGACUUUUGUUCUUCCUUCAAGCUGGAGAACCAAGAGAGAAAUUAAAUCUUUUGGAAAACCGGACUUAAAGGUAAAUUCUCGCUUAAUGUCUUCCAUUUUUAAGUUGCUUCGUCGUUUCAAGCAUUUUUGGAAUCAACCAGAAUAUAGUCAAAUUAGCAGAUGAUGAAAUAGUUCACAUACCUUGUCAGGUUUACGCGCGGUAAAGUUGAACGUGUGUGUUUUCAGGGGCCAUGCCGUGCGUCCAGACCCAGUGCAGCUCCUCGCCACAAGGCGCCAGCCCCGCGUCUCAGAGCGCCGGCGCGGAGUGCAGCUGCGACUUCCUCACGCCGGAGUUUGUCAAGUUCAGCAUGGACCUGACGAACAGCGAGCUCUCGGCUGCCUCAUCCGGACCCUGUUUCGGCAACUCCGCGGACGGCUACGGCGCCGGCUACGACGCGAAGCCGCAGUGCGUCUUCCAGAUGCCCGCGGUCCAGGCGGAGCUGUGCGUCAAAGUGGAGGAUGCGCACGGAUGUCCGCGCUAUCAGACUCCCCUUCAGUCAUCCCCCACCUCGGAUGACUUGCUCUCCUCCCAGAGCUCCGUGUAUUACUACCGCGCCCCCUCACCGCACGGCUUCCACCCGCCGCAUGGACACAUCUGGGAGGAUUCCGGCUCUCUGUACAAAAACGCGCUUUCCAGGUUUUCCCUGUUUUCUCUGAAGCACACGCCGCACGGUACCCAGCGCUACCCCACCUGCCAGAUGAAAUUUGACGUCUCCAUGAACUUGGACGCGGGCGGUUGCGGGUCGCACCACCAACAAGGGAAAGCCCUCGGAAUGGGCUUCCCUCGCCCUCUCCAGUUCUCCCAGAGCCACCACUUUAUGGAAUACCAGAGCUCUGUCGGAGCCGCGCGAGGAGCGAUGAGCUCGGAGGGGCUGUGCGCGGUGUGCGGGGACAACGCAGCCUGUCAGCAUUAUGGCGUCCGCACCUGCGAGGGCUGCAAGGGCUUCUUCAAGCGAACGGUGCAAAAAAAAGCCAAAUAUGUGUGCCUGGCUGCAAAAAGCUGUCCUGUGGACAAGCGACGGCGGAACCGAUGCCAGUAUUGUCGCUUCCAGAAGUGCCUGGCGGUGGGAAUGGUCAAAGAAGUGGUGAGGACAGAUGGCCUUAAAGGCAGAAGAGGUCGUCUGCCGUCCAAGCCUAGAGCUUUGCCAGACUCGUUUUUACAUGGCAGCACCCUUCUGAGUGCGGUAGUUAGGGCACAUAUAGAGUCAAAUCCUCCAGCGUCUCGCCUGGACUACUCCAAAUUCAAGGAGAGUUCAGGGGACCUGCUGGGUGACGAUGCUCAACACGUCCGACAGUUCUACGACCUCUUGAUGAGAUCGAUGGAAGUCAUUCGGAGUUGGGCGCAGAGGAUCCCAGGUUUUGCCACCCUACCUAAACACGACCAAGACCUCCUCUUCUACUCAACCUUCCUGGAGCUGUUUGUCUUGCGGCUGUCGUACAGAUCCAACCCAGAGGAGGGGAAGCUGAUCUUCUGUGAUGGGUCGGUGUGGCAUCGGCUACAGUGCCUGCGAGGCUUCGGGGAGUGGAUUGACGGGAUUGUUGAGUUCUCCGCCAACCUGCAGAGGAUGAACCUGGACGUUUCCACCUUCUCCUGCAUCUGUACCCUAGCUUUACUCACCGAGCGCCACGGGCUGAAGGAGCCAAAGCGGGUUGAGGAGCUGCAGUGCAACGUGCUCAGGUGCUUAAAAGACAACGAAGCCGCCGGUCCGGAUGGAGGCUGCCCGAACCGCUGGUCCAACCACCUGUCCAGACUUCUGGAGAAACUGCCAGAACUUCGCACUUUGUGCAUCCAAGGCCUGCAGAGGAUUUUCUACCUGAAGCUGGAGGACCUGGUCCCACCGCCUGCUGUGAUAGAUAAGUUAUUCCUGGACACGCUGCCAUUUUAGAGACUUUUUUUUUUUCUUCCUUUAAAAAAAACAAAACAGAUGGAGGACUUUGACUUCUUCUUCCUUCUGAAAUCAUCAGUGAUUCCUGGCGGUCUGCAGUCUUUGCCCAGCGUGCAUGACCACGGUUUAAGAAUUUAAAUUCAAGUUGCUGGGUGAGUAUUUGGGCCAAACAAUUUGCAGAAAGCUGAUGAGUUUUGCCCACAGGAAAUGUGCAACUCUUUAUACAGUAACUGUAAAUGAAGCACAGCUACAUGUGUGAACACAUUUUCCUGUCUGUUCAGCUUGUAUAAAAGCAUUUUGAUACAAAACAAGCACUUCUUUUUUCAUGCUUCUAUUUAUUAGUGAAUUGUUAAGUAUUCUUAGUUACAAAAUGGUUUUCUGUGUUCAGUCUGUUAGUCAUGUCCAUGAUUUAAUAAAAGGCAAAGUUCAAAUUA